UAAGUGGUUCCCGCGUCUCGCAAAUGCCAUGAUUGAAGUAGGAAGUGACAGCAACGAUGGAUCAUGGCUGGGCCUUGCUUGUGGCGCUCGCUGUAUGCGCCUGCUACAGCCUGGGCCAAUGGCUGAUCAGGAUGCGUCAAAAAUGCUUUGACGCCUUCGAGGGCACGGCCGUACCCACAGUGCCGCUUCGCAGCUUCCUCAGUGGCAACUCAAGCGAGUUUUGGAAACCGCCCAUCAUCAAAACCUUGGGUCGGUGGAUAAAUGAAUUCGGCGAUGUUUUUGGAUUUUUUCUAGGUGAUACCCCGUUCAUGGUAGUAAAAGACCCGGAAAUUAUAAACGAAGUCUUCUUCAAGGAGUUCAGCAAGUUUCAAGGUCGCGGGCGCAUGAUGCACAUCUACGAGAUGGACCCCGUCUUCUCGAGGUACAUUGUGCUCUCCAAGGGCGAGACGUGGAGGACCUCGCGGGCAAGCAUGUCGCCUUUCUUCACUACCGCCAAGCUAAAAGCGGUGAUGCCCUCGCUGCUGCACGCCCAGCAGCAGUUUAUCGAUGUCUUAGGUGAGCACGCUGACAAGGGUGUCGAGGCGGACAUAAACAGCCUUUGCGAGAGGUUGACCUUCGACGUCAUCGGCAAGGCGGCGUAUGGUAUAGACACAAAUGUACAACGGAAUCCCGAAUACCCGCUCUUUAAGAAUGCCCUCGCCAUCCUACCGAACCUCAACUCUGGAUUCCUUUAUAACCUUGGCCAGAACUGCUACCACUGGCCUUGGCUUUUGAAAUUGCCUGUGAAGCUCCUCAGCCUACUUUACGCCAACCCCAUUGCAGACAUGACCAAGAAGGCGGAAGAGAUCAUCCAAUACCGUCGUAAAAAUCCAGCGAUGAAUGUACCGGACAUGGCUCAGAUGCUUCUUGAUGGACUUCUCCGCGCAGAACGUUCGGAUGCUGAAAAAUGCUUGGCCAAAGCAGACAGUGCAGCUCCUUUGCCCCGCGAAACUCUGAACGAGCUGUCGACAAACUGCAUGACAAUAUUCGUUGGCGGAUACGAUACGACGCGACUAGUGUUGACCUACUGGUUUUACGUUAUGGGAAGACAUCCAGAUAUCCAAGAAAAAAUGCGUCAAGAGGUUCUUGAAGCUUUCGAAAAACAGGGAGACCACUUGUCUGUGUACACUCUUAAAGAACUUCCAUACACAAACCAAGUAAUUUCUGAGACGAUGCGAAUGUAUCCGCCAAUAAUAACACAAUCACGGUGUGCAGAGGAAGACCAUCGGUGCGGCAAGUACCUCAUCAAAAAAGGAACGUCCGUGGUUGUCCCCACAUACCAUCUCCACCAUGAUCCAAGACACUGGGAUGAACCAGAAAAAUUUAAGCCAGAGAGGUUUAGCCCCGAAAACAAGCAUCUGAUCAACUCAACCGCCUACCAUCCAUUCGGACUGGGGCCACGCAUGUGCGUCGGCUCACGUCUGGCUCUUCUCGAGCUUGCCUCGGUUACUGCUCAAGUGCUUCGUCAAUUCAAGAUCACCUUGGUCCCGAGACAGAACCCUGACCUUGAGCUGACAACGUACUCGUUUUUAGCCGUGCCUAAAGAGAACGUGAAGAUCUACGUGGAGAGACUUUGCCAGGACAAGUGAAUUUGCCACCGCCUUUCCAUUCUCGCAGCGAAAUGGGGAAUUCUGCAGCCGCAGAAAAUAGCAACCAGUAUCCUUCAUUCUCCGGCCUACCACGAGAAAGCAUAAUUGGGUUUUACCUCGCGCACUUCAGGUUUGAAAACGUUGAAUACGAAGCUGUCUUACUAGCGGGCCUCUGUGUAAAGCAAAAUAAAUAAAAAUAACAAUAAAAUU